AUCAUCACCCACAACACCGAGCACCACAAAAUAGAGAUCAAUUCACUGACAGUCCACCGAGAUGGCUAAGCGGCUGGUCCUCUUUGCGGCAGUAGUCAUCGCCCUCGUGGCUCUCACCACCGCUGAAGGUGAGGCCUCUAGGCAACUACAGUGUGAGCGCGAGCUCCAGGAGAGCUCGCUUGAGGCAUGCCGGCAGGUCGUGGACCAACAGUUGGCCGGUCGGCUGCCAUGGAGCACGGGGCUCCAGAUGCGAUGCUGCCAGCAGCUCCGAGAUGUUAGCGCCAAGUGCCGCUCUGUCGCCGUCAGCCAAGUCGCAAGACAAUAUGAGCAAACUGUGGUGCCGCCCAAGGGCGGAUCCUUCUACCCUGGUGAGACCACGCCACUGCAGCAACUCCAACAAGGAAUAUUUUGGGGAACAUCUUCACAAACAGUACAAGGGUAUUACCCAAGCGUAACUUCUCCUCGGCAGGGGUCAUAUUAUCCAGGCCAAGCUUCUCCACAACAGCCAGGACAAGGGCAACAGCCUGGCAAAUGGCAAGAACCAGGACAAGGGCAACAAUGGUACUACCCAACUUCUCUGCAGCAGCCAGGACAAGGGCAACAGAUAGGAAAAGGGAAACAAGGGUACUACCCAACUUCUCUGCAGCAACCAGGACAAGGGCAACAAAUAGGACAAGGGCAACAAGGGUACUACCCAACUUCUCCGCAGCACACAGGACAAAGGCAACAACCAGUACAAGGGCAACAAAUAGGACAAGGGCAACAACCAGAACAAGGGCAACAACCAGGACAAUGGCAACAAGGGUACUAUCCAACUUCUCCACAGCAGCUAGGACAAGGGCAACAACCAGGACAAUGGCAACAAUCAGGACAAGGGCAACAAGGGCACUACCCAACUUCUCUACAACAGCCAGGACAAGGGCAACAAGGGCAUUACCUAGCUUCUCAGCAGCAGCCAGCACAAGGGCAACAAGGGCACUACCCAACUUCUCAGCAGCAGCCAGGACAAGGGCAACAAGGGCACUACCCAGCUUCUCAGCAGCAGCCAGGACAAGGGCAACAAGGGCACUACCCAGCUUCUCAGCAAGAGCCAGGACAAGGGCAACAAGGGCAAAUCCCAGCUUCUCAACAGCAGCCAGGACAAGGGCAACAAGGGCACUACCCAGCUUCUCUGCAGCAACCAGGACAACAAGGGCAUUACCCAACUUCUCUACAGCAGCUAGGACAAGGGCAACAAAUAGGACAGCCAGGACAAAAGCAACAACCAGGACAAGGGCAACAAACAGGACAAGGGCAACAGCCAGAACAAGAGCAACAACCAGGACAAGGGCAACAAGGAUACUAUCCAACUUCUCUGCAGCAGCCAGGACAAGGGCAACAGCAAGGACAAGGGCAACAAGGGUACUACCCAACUUCUCUCCAGCAGCCAGGACAAGGGCAACAAGGGCACUACCCAGCUUCUCUGCAGCAGCCAGGACAAGGACAGCCAGGACAAAGGCAACAACCAGGACAAGGGCAACAUCCAGAACAAGGGCAACAACCAGGACAAGGGCAACAAGGGUACUAUCCAACUUCUCCACAGCAGCCAGGACAAGGGCAACAACUAGGACAAGGGCAACAAGGGUACUACCCAACUUCUCCGCAGCAGCCAGGACAAGGGCAACAACCAGGACAAGGGCAACAAGGGCACUGCCCAACGUCCCCGCAGCAGACAGGACAAGCGCAACAACCAGGACAAGGCCAACAAAUAGGACAAGUGCAACAACCAGGACAAGGGCAACAAGGGUACUACCCAACUUCUCUGCAGCAGCCUGGACAAGGGCAACAGUCAGGACAAGGGCAACAGUCAGGACAAGGACACCAACCAGGACAAGGGCAGCAAUCAGGACAAGAGCAACAAGGCUACGACAGCCCAUACCAUGUUAGCGCAGAGCAGCAAGCGGCCAGCCCAAUGGUGGCAAAGGCGCAGCAGCCCGCGACACAGCUGCCGACAGUGUGUCGGAUGGAGGGGGGCGACGCAUUGUCGGCUAGCCAGUGAUAGAACUCUCUGCAGCUUGCAUGGUGCUUGGGCAUGCAUGCACCUUAUCUAUCCAAUAAACGUGAUGCGUGUUCACAGUUUUUCAUGUAACUAGAGUAAAACCCAAUAAUAAUGCAAAAUGAAAAGCUUCUCCAGCUAAAAAAGAACAAAAUGGGUGUUGUAUAGUA